GCCUGGAAGAAACGCUGGUUUAUCCUGCGGAGUGGCCGGAUGAGCGGUGAUCCAGAUGUUCUGGAAUACUACAAGAAUGAUCACUCCAAGAAACCCCUGCGCAUCAUCAACCUGAAUUUCUGUGAGCAGGUGGAUGCAGGCCUCACCUUCAACAAGAAGGAGUUGCAGGAUAGUUUUGUGUUUGAUAUCAAGACCAGCGAGCGCACCUUUUACCUGGUGGCUGAGACAGAGGAGGACAUGAAUAAAUGGGUCCAGAGCAUCUGUCAGAUCUGUGGCUUCAAUCAGGCUGAAGAGAGCACAGACUCCCUGAGAAACAUUUCCUCAGCCAGUCAGGGGCCCCGCUCUUCUCCAGCUGAGCUCAGCAGCUCCAGUCAUCACCUGCUGCGAGAACGAAAAUCCUCAGCCCCAUCACACUCCAGCCAGCCAACUUUGUUCACAUUCGAACCUUCUGUGUCAAACCAUGUGCAGCCCACCUUGUCCACCAGUGCACCUCAGGAGUAUCUCUACUUGCACCAGUGUAUAAGUCGGAGAACGGAAAAUGCAAGGAGUGCCAGCUUCUCUCAGGGCACCAGGCAAAAGAGCGACACAGCCGUACAAAAACUGGCCCAGGGCAACGGACACUGUGUCAAUGGGGUCAGUGGUCAAGUCCAUGGCUUCUAUAGCCUUCCCAAGCCAAGCCGGCACAAUACAGAAUUUAGAGACAGUACGUAUGACCUUCCCCGGAGCCUGGCCUCCCAUGGCCACACCAAGGGCAGCCUCACAGGGUCUGAGACAGAUAAUGAAGAUGUGUACACCUUCAAGAUGCCCAGCAACACCCUGUGCCGGGAGUUUGGGGAUCUCCUGGUGGACAAUAUGGACGUUCCAACUACUCCACUCUCAGCCUACCAGAUCCCUAAGACAUUCACGUUGGACAAGAACCACAAUGCCAUGGCAGUGGCCGCUCCUGGAGACUCAGCCAUAGCUCCCCCACCCCGGCCACCCAAGCCAAGUCAGGCAGAAACACCUCGAUGGGGCAGCCCUCAGCAGAGGCCUCCAAUCAGUGAAAGUAGCAGAUCUGUCGCUGCCACCAUCCCCAGGCGCAAUACCCUCCCUGCAAUGGACAACAGCCGACUCCAUCGAGCUUCCUCCUGUGAGACCUACGAGUACCCCCCACGUGGUGGAGAGAAUGCAGGCCGGUCUGCUGAGUCCAUGAGUGAGGGAGUCAGUCCUUUCCUGCCAGGGAAAACACUCGUGGGUCGGUCGGAUAGUGCCAGUUCAGAAGACAACUAUGUGCCCAUGAACCCAGGUUCUUCUACCCUGCUGGCCAUGGAGCGGGCAGCAAAACCAACACCACUUGACCUGAGAAACAAUGCUGUCAUUGAUGAGCUCCCCUUCAAGUCUCCUGUCACCAAGUCUUGGUCCAGGGCCAACCAUACCUUCAACUCUAGCUCCUCCCAGUACUGCCGUCCCAUCUCCACCCAGAGCAUCACCAGCACAGACUCAGGAGACAGUGAAGAGAACUACGUCCCUAUGCAAAACCCAGUGUCUGCAUCUCCAGUUCCCAGUGGCACCAACAGUCCAGCCCCGAAGAAGAGUACUGGCAGCGUCGAUUACCUGGCCCUGGACUUCCAGCCGGGCUCCCCAAGCCCCCACCGCAAGCCAUCCACAUCAUCUGUUACAUCAGACGAGAAGGUGGACUAUGUCCAGGUGGAUAAGGAAAAGACCCAAGCUCUGCAGAACACCAUGCAGGAGUGGACAGAUGUGCGGCAGUCCUCGGAGCCUUCCAAGGGCGCCAAGCUGUGAUGUGGGGUCCACCAAGCCCAGAGAGGGCCCGGGAGGCAGAAGCCCAGAGCUGGCUUCUCCCGUCUCCCUCCUCUCCCUCCUCUCCCACCACCCUCCCUGCCCCUCCACUCUGCCACUCUUGGCCUUCAAAGCACUUGACAUCAGGGACCCUGACCCUUCCCCUGGGAGGUGAGGCCCUGAUGGGGGCACUUUCUCUGCCCACUUGGGGUCCACCUGUGACUUUUAUCAAUACUGGCUGUGCCUCCACCCACCUUAGUUAGGAGCUGUUGCCAAAAAAACCUCUUUCUGGCCUGGAGACCUGUCUACUGAAUACUUGGAGGGAGGGCUGGGACUCUGAGCCAGACUUAACACCUCCUGUCAGUCACAGCCCUCCACCCCCUUUUAUUGUCCUCUGGGCUACCUCUCUUCAGUCCCAGAAGAGGACAACCCAGGGAGCCAAGGACCAGCAGACCAAAGUGGACGUGGACUUUCUUAUUCCCGUUUUUCUCAACUGGCGAGAGGCAAGGCUGCCAAAAGAUUAAAUUAGUUGAGACAAAGGUCAGAGGUAAUCUUGAGGACAAAGGAACUGGAUCCCCAGAAAGAAGGGCAGUUGAUACCUACCAGGGUCCCCAGUUUCAAGCCAAAGCCACAUAGACCUACUGCUUGAGAAUGGGGGACACAGAAGGCUAAGAGACAAAAGGAAGGGGAAACUGGUAAUGAUGGACAACCAAGAACACCAAGAACAGGGCUUAGCAUGGCAAGGACACGGGGCAGUCAGGGCCCUGGAACUCUGGUGUUGCAGGGCCACUCUGGGACAGAGAGCAGUCCUUCCUGAGCACUCUGCAGGAGAGGGCCUGGGCUGAGCAGGGCAACCAGCAUGGUGAGGGGGUGAGGGAGGGGAUGCAGUGGAGGUGAUGCAGGGGUUGAGGGGAACCCUGGGGCAAGGAUGUGCCAGGCAUGGGGCAGUGCAGGGAUACUGCAGAGGGGAAUGGUGCAGCAAGUGAGUUUCUGGGAACUGGGAGGGCGCAGAGGUAACCUGAUGAAGGGAGGCAGGUGUAGGCCAUGCAGCAAGUGAGGAAAUGCAUCCCCAGGGCCCGGUGAAGAGCCCAGGGCAGCAAGUGGGGGUUCAGGAUGGAUUAGAAAGUGAAGGAGUGAUCCCUUGAACAAGGGCAUUCCUAGGACCAAGGAUGGUGGGUUAAGUAGGGAAGAAUCUAAAUUUCUUAUGUUGAAAGUUAUUGACCAAAUUUUCAAGUUUUAGAGGCAACAGGACAGACCAGACACUUCAUUUUGCCCCAGGGUAAACAGACCUUACUCCUCCAAAAGUAUGACUUCCCACGAUGCUUGAUGCAGGUGGAACCACUCACCCUUUAGCUCCUAAGAGCACGCACACCUCACCAGACCAAUGGCCUGGCCCUUCUCUAGGAAGUCCCAGCCUGGGAGCUGUCUUUUCCUCAACAGUAGCUGUUCUCCUGGUGUUAGUUUGAAAGGCAACUCAAGGAUAAUUUGGGUCCCUGAACUUGAGAAGGUCACAAUCAGUGAGAAAGGACAAGGACACAAGACAGAUGCAAAUACUCAUGAAGUGCUAAGGAAAUGAACACCACUUCUCAAGGGGCCAAGGCCAGAGUGGGGAGCGGAUGCAGCCAUGGAAGGUGACUCUAGGAAGAUGAGUCUGAGGAGUUUAAGAGAAAAAAUGGAGGGAGCAGGAAGGAUUUGGAAAAACUUACGCUUUGAGAGCAAAAGAACUUGGAGGGCGAGUACAGACCUCAGAAGUGCAGAGGCCAUGUCCCAACGUCCCAUGGUUAAAUGAUGGCUGUGGCUACACCAGGCAGGGUUUGCAGGGUGCUGGUUCACUCUGCACACUGACUGUCCCUUUAAGGCUCUCUACAGGGUCCCAUAUGGCUGAGGUUUUAACUGGUGCCCCCCCACCACUGAUCCCAGGGUGCCAUAAAAUUAUUAACAUGUUCUGAAUGUGCCGUGAUAUGGGCGGAACUUGUUGGAGUCUUCAGAGACUUCAGUGUUCGGGGCUAGUUAGUCUUACAGAGGGCUUCCAGCUCUCUGUUCUUGUGACCACCCAAGCCCUCAGGGUGGAAGGACGGAUAAAGAAGAAAGGACUAGAGGAGAUGAGCCUGUGGAGAGCAGAGCUCUGUCUCACAAGCCCCAAACAACCAGCCACAUCUAACACAUACUCAUUUCGCACCCCCCAAAAGAGGAAGUCAACUCAGUUUAAAAAAAACUGGUCCUUUGGCCUACCCAGGGUCAAAGUUCACCUCCUGGUGAGACCCCAGAAUGGGGAUACCUCUCCUCUAAUAGCCAGGGCUCUCCAAAGGAGCUUUCUUCACCCACCUCCAGCUUCAUAACUGCAAGGUUAAAGAAAAGUUGAGUGGGAACAAAGUGGGAGGUGGUAGGUCCUUGGGACCAUCUGUGAGAAGGGCUGAUUGGUCAGAUGGUCCCGAAGCAGCUGGGCUGUGGAAGAGGCUUUGACGGGCGCUCUCUGCUCAGCAACCUCUCUCUCAAGGGCCUGGGUCGGCACCCAGAGCAUUAGCCAGCUCACUCAGUCCCCUCCCUAGCUUGAUUUUGGUGACUUCUACAUUUCAAAUCAUUAAAAUAAGCCCCAUUCUUAGAACAGAAGCACAACCAUUCUCAAGUUUUCAGGCUCAGUUCUGUUCUGCCUUUGUCCCCUUUACCUGCCACCAAGCUCUGGCCUCAGCCCCAAACUCUGUCCCCUCCCCCCACCCCUUUGACAGGGCUCUGGAGGAAUUCGGGACUUUGGAAGGCAGCUCUUUGGAAGGCAGCUCUUCCUUCCCUUCUCAAAAGUGCUGGGGACUGAGGAGUCCUCAUGGGCUGUCUUCUGGGGACUUGCUAAGUUCUUUGGGGCCUGGGACCAGCAAACUACCUGUAGAAGGGACUGUAGAGGGUCAUGCUGUCGUAUAAUAUCUGGUGAUGUGUGUUCUUGUGUAAUUUGUUGGCUACUUGUGUCUUGAAACUUAGAAUCAUUUCGCACAGAAUUGUCACUAUUUGUUAGGAAGAAAAACUGGGCCCAAGGCAGCCCAGUCUUCUUGUCUUGUUACCAUUUAAAAUUGACAUUUAAUUUUCAAAUCGCUGUUGGUGUCUAAUCACUUAAGUUAUUAAUUUAUUCUGUUUUUUUAAAAAAUUUGUAACACGUAUUUAUCUUGUGAGCAGGUCUGGGGGUGGGGUGGGAAACAUGUUCAAUUGGGCUGUGUUUUUGCUGUGGUGACACAUGGUACAGGCCUGGAGCUUGCAGGUCCCUUUUUACUGUGGUAUUGGAGCAGGACAACAAUAAAGUCCUUUAGAAAUGCAA